CAAAUACCCCUCCAAUCGGUUGCCAGAAACAUGUCUGAAAAACCAAGCACCACUCCCCUCCUACUGACAUUUCCAUGGCGGCCAAAACCCAACUCUUCUUUUCCACUCUUGUACUCUGUUUCUUCAUUUCCCUCCAUAAUGCCCAACAUGAUCUCCAAACCUACAUAAUCCAACUCCACCCACUUGGAAUCACCACCACUUCUCAUUCCUCCAAGCUUCAUUGGCACCUCUCACUCCUCCAACGAUCUCUUUCAUCCCAAGAUGACCCUUCUUCUCGCCUUCUCUACUCUUAUCACUCCGCCAUGGAAGGCUUCGCAGCUCGCCUGUCUAAAAACGAGCUCGAUUCAUUGCAAAAGUCAUGCGAUGUCAUAGCAAUUAGACCAGACCGGCGGCUUGAGAUACACACUACUUACUCUUACAAGUUCUUGGGACUAAACCCCACCGAUCAAGGUGCUUGGUUUAAGUCUGGAUUUGGCCGAGGAUCGAUAAUUGGGUUGCUCGACACUGGAGUUUGGCCUGAGAGCCCGAGCUUUGAUGAUCGUGCAAUGCCUCCGGUUCCCAAGAAGUGGAGAGGGAUUUGCCAAGAAGGCCAAAACUUUAGUUCUUCCAAUUGUAACAGAAAGAUUAUUGGCGCGAGGUUCUUCAGCAAAGGUCACAAUGUGGCUUCAUCCUCACCGUCAGCAAACACUGUUGUCGAAUACACAUCGCCUCGAGAUUCUCAUGGACAUGGGACUCACACAUCAUCGACCGCUGGCGGGGCUGCGGUUUCAAUGGCGAGCGUGAUGGGAAAUGGAGCCGGAGUGGCUCGAGGGAUGGCACCCGGGGCCCACAUUGCCAUCUACAAGGUUUGCUGGUUCAAUGGCUGUUACAGCUCCGAUAUAUUGGCAGCAAUGGAUGUGGCAAUUAGAGAUGGAGUUGACAUACUCUCCCUCUCUUUAGGCGGUUUCCCAUUACCGCUCUAUGAAGAUAGCAUUGCUAUUGGGAGUUUUCGAGCUAUGGAGCAUGGAAUUUCAGUUGUAUGUGCAGCUGGAAAUAAUGGCCCAAUCGAAAACUCAGUGGCCAACGAAGCUCCUUGGAUUGCUACCAUCGGUGCUAGCACACUAGACAGAAGAUUUCCCGCCAUAGUUCGAUUGGGUAAUGGAAAAUUGUUAUAUGGGGAAUCCAUGUACCCAGGAAAUCGAAUACCAGGUGCUGAGAGAGAGCUCGAGGUGAUUUAUGUAAGUGGUGGGGAGAGGGGAAGUGAAUUUUGCCUCACAGGGUCUCUUCCAAGAGCAACAGUCCAUGGCAAAAUGGUGGUUUGUGAUCGAGGUGUCAAUGGCAGGGCAGAGAAAGGUCAGGUUGUGAAAGACGCUGGAGGUGCUGCAAUGAUCUUAACGAACACAGCACUAAAUUUGGAGGAAGACUCUGUUGAUGCCCAUGUACUUCCAGCAACUUUGAUUGGCUUCAAUGAAUCAAUCGAGCUAAAGAGUUAUAUGAACUCUACUAGGAGACCGAGAGCAAGAAUUAUUUUUGGAGGAACUGUCAUUGGGAGAUCAAGAGCACCAGCAGUAGCUCAGUUUUCGUCAAGAGGACCGAGUUUCACCAACCCUUCGAUCCUCAAACCAGAUGUGAUUGCUCCUGGGGUGAACAUCAUCGCUGCCUGGCCUCAAAACUUGGGCCCCAGUGCUCUUCCAGAAGAUUCUAGACGAGUGAACUUCACUGUCAUGUCGGGGACUUCCAUGGCUUGUCCACAUGUCGGUGGAAUUGCUGCUCUGAUCCACUCAGCUCAUCCAACAUGGACCCCGGCAGCUAUUAAAUCUGCAAUCAUGACAACAGCGGAAAUCACAGACCAUUCAGGAAGGCCAAUAAUGGAUGGAGACAAACCUGCAGGAGUUUUUGCAACUGGAGCUGGACAUGUAAACCCCGAGAGAGCCAUCAAUCCAGGACUGGUAUAUGAUAUCAGGCCAGAUGACUAUAUCACUCAUCUGUGCACCCUGGGAUACACAAAAUCAGAAAUUUUUGCAAUUACUCACAGGAAUGUGAGUUGCCAUGAGACUUUGCUGGAGAACAGGGGUUUUAGCCUCAAUUAUCCCUCGAUUUCAGUAAUUUUCAAGCACGGGAAGAUGAGUAAGGUGAUUAAAAGGCAAUUGACAAAUGUAGGGAGUCCUAAUUCCAUUUACUCAGUGGAAGUAGUGGAACCUGAAGGAGUCAAAGUAAGAGUUAAACCGCAAAGACUAAUAUUCAAACAUACGAACCAGAACUUGAGUUACAGAGUUUGGAUUAUUUCAAGGAAGAAAAUAACAACACAAAAUAUGAGCUCUGCUCAAGGGCAUUUGAUAUGGGUGCACUCUGACAAAGGUCUUUCCAGGGUUAGAAGCCCUAUUUCAGUGACAUGGGCAUCUCAGAAGCAACAGCAGUAAUUAUGGUGGCUGCAAUAAUAGCAGUAGUAAUGUCAGCUUAUAAUACCUUCUGGUUUUUGACUUGGAAGGUUGAGACCAAUGAAGAUCUGAUGAUCAUUUUGUAUUUUGAAUUCUAGAAGAGGAAACUAGGGCACAAUUUUAUCAUUCAAUAAAGACAGAAGAAUUUAAUAUAA